UUGCUCCUCUCUCCAGCCUUGGCAACAAGGCCUCUCGCUUCUCCCAUUGGCUGCGCGUCUCAACAGACAGCUUCCCUAUUGGCCCUCCUCACUGCCACUCACCCGCUCCGCUGCCCCACUGCUGCUGCGGAUGCAGGGCAGCGGGGCUGGGUAGGCUCUGACCUGGAUACGCAGUGGAUGCCGACGGAGGAAAAAAAAAACACCAGUUCGCCGUUUGUCACCGUAAUGGGCAUCUUAUUGAAAUGCAACCGGUCCACGUUAAUGUAUGCGUGCGUUCGCCCCUCCACGCUCCGUGACAGCGGUCUAAUCAGCCUAUUAAGACGCCUUCAGCGUUCUGCAGCAGCGCUAGCGUAGAGAGAUUGUUGCGCCAAAUGCAACGUCCUCGCAGGCUCGUCGGCCCCGACUGUCAUGAUUUGAUGCAGAUUUAAAUCAUCAGCCGAUCCGCAGGGAAGCACCAUGCUGACUAGCAUCGCCGAGGGGAUACUGUGCUGUCUGACCGGGAAGGCUGCCAGUCUCAUCCUGCCCCUGGAGUCGUCGGAGCCGUCUGACAGCUUCGAGUUCGUGGAGGUGAAGCCCGGCAGAGUCCUGCGGGUGCGGCACAUCAUCCCCGAGCGUCAGCCCGCGGUAACGGAUAAUCAGGUUCCAGGCACAGAGAAGGCGGACGGUGAUGACGACGACGACGACGUCUCUCUAGGCGAUUCUAAUGGCGAGAGCUGCGCCGGUAGCACUGUCCACUGCAAGAGGAAGAUCACGGUCUACCGCAAUGGGCAGCUGGUGAUCGAGAACCUCGGUGAUGUCUUGCACGCGGAGAUCCUGCAGUGUCAGGACGGGGAUCUGGAGCCUUGUAGCACUGUAGAGGUGGAACUCUCCGACUACAAAGAAAUGGCGUCGUCCCCGGACCCCAAGCUCGCUCCUCCGCCGGUCCCUCCGCCUCCCGGGGAACAGAAGCCCGCCCCACCUCCCCGUCGCCGUCGCCGCAAGCCCAAGCGCACGGUGCUAAUUGAUUCACGGAGGGUGAUCUCCAGCUGCAAGGGGACGCACUCGGACGUGGCGCUGUUCUUCAUACACGGCGUUGGAGGCUCUCUGGAUAUUUGGAGCAGCCAGCUGGAGUUCUUCUCUCGGCUGGGCUAUGAGGUGAUCGCCCUGGACCUGGCAGGACAUGGAGCCAGCACUGCUCCACAGAUAGCGGCUGCUUAUACCUUCUACGCCCUGGCAGAGGACCUGCGCGCCAUCUUUAAGAGAUACUCCCGGAAACGCAACAUUCUCAUUGGCCACUCGUACGGGGUCUCAUUUUGCACCUUCUUGGCCCAUGAAUAUCCUGAUUUGGUCCAUAAGGUGGUGAUGAUCAACGGAGGGGGUCCCACAGCUCUGGAGCCCAGUCUGUGCUCCAUCUUUCAGCUGCCAUCUUGUGUCCUUCACUGUUUGUCACCCUGUCUUGCCUGGAGCUUCCUCAAAGCUGGAUUUGCCCGUCAGGGAGCAAAAGAAAAGCAGCUGCUGAAGCAGGGAAAUGCCUUCAACGUGUCUCCAUUCGUCCUGCGAGCCAUGAUGAGUGGGCAGUACUGGCCUGAAGGGGAUGAGGUCUACCAUGCCGAGCUCACUGUGCCCAUCCUUCUGGUUCAUGGCAUGUGUGACAAGUUUGUGCCUGUGGACGAGGACCAGCGCAUGGCAGAGAUCCUCUUGUUUGCCUUCCUGAAGGUCAUUGAGGAGGGAAGUCACAUGGUCAUGAUGGAGUGUCCCGAUACCGUCAACACGCUCCUCCACGAAUUCUUUUUAUGGGAGCCUGAAAUGUCCAGAAAAGACAGCAGCAAGACAGACACAGGAAAGUCAGUUAUCAAUAGUGAAUCUCUCCACAUGCAGAGAAUGAAUAGGCCUGUGGACAAAUAACCAGCAAGGAGUCCAGUUUCCCCCCAGAACCAAGCAGAAAGCCUUUUUAAGCAGGUGGCAUGUGUUCUUAAGGCUGCUCCUGGGCUGACAGCUGACAUAUACAGGGCCACAUCUUAAGGAUGCAGACGGUCACUGGCGAGUGAGAUAAAGCAGGACUUGGGCUUGGAGCCAGCUAGAGGAGGACGGAACAAACACAAUGAUGAGGGCAAUAGAUGCAAGCGCACACUCGUUUGUGCUUCGCUUUUCGAUUCAAAUGUGUGCCUCUGUCGUGUUUGUGACAUAAGACAGCACCUGGAGUUCAAAAGGACUAUGUCCACUUGUGGUUUGUGUAUUAAAUGUUUUGGGAAGAAACUGAUGAGUACAAGAUGCAAAUGGCUUCAAAUACAUGAAACAGUGUUUUCGCACUUUUAUCUUAAAUAUUCUGUGAAGUGCUGCAGAGCUUUUGUUUUACCUUUUCUGAAAGACUUACACCUGCUUUCAGCAAGACACUGGCAGAGAAAUGUGUGUUGGUUUAAGAAAUUACAGAGUAGAUUUGUUAAUACUGAUCUAAUUAACAAAGCUGGCUAAUGAUAAUUAUUAGCAAGUAGAAUGGUGGCUGGAAUUGGGUUUAGGACAUUAAAUUAAUUCUCCCAUAUCACAUACAUUCAGAAAUAUAUAAAAUAUACCAACACAAACCAUAACUUAAUAACUGCAACCCAGCCACAUAUUAAUCACCUCUAUAUAAUGUUUAAUGUAUAAGAUUCACAAUCAGAACAGCAAUCUGCUCCUAUAUUUCCAAAGAACAGAGGUGUAAUUUCGAUGUAUUGAACUGUAUCACUGCAUAAACACACAACCAGCUCCAGUAUUUGUGUCUGCACUGAGCAGAAUGUAACCAAUUUAUAGUUGCAUGAAAACUAAGUAAUAUUCAGUGAGAGAUUUACUGUUUGCCAGUGGGUUAUAAGAGAUACAAACUUGGAAACCAAAAUGUUCUGCUGCUUUACUCUAACAGCCAUUCCUUCAAUACUGUAUAAUAUCCUAAGGAUACAAAGUACUGAGGCCCUGCAUGAGUUCACACUAACCAGUGGUUCCUGGGUUGUUACACCCAGGUGAAAUAUGUUCUCAUACUGAAUCAGUUGGAGUAAUUACAUUAGUGUUUUCUUUUUGUGCAAUAUUUGUUUGCCUUUAUUCUAAAAUAACAACUGCCAUAGCCAAUUGUGGUCCUGACCGCUUGAAGCCGUACUGUCUCUAAGCUGAUAAAAGUGUUUUCCCCUUCUAUUUACCAGUCCACCCUAUUUAUCCAAUAGUGUAAGACUGAAUGAGCAUUGUGCUCAAUCAAAGACAUUCAGUCAUGGGUGUUGCUUUGUCUCAUACUGGGACCGUAAGGUACAAGUAAAAACAUAGUCUAAUAUGAUCCCUGGCAGUGCUGAGCUUUUCACUGGACAGUUUAUACUGUUUCAGUUGCAAGAUGUGAAGGUGAAUGGGGUUUAAACUGACUGUCCUAUGAUUCAAAUCAAAUAAGUUGGCCAAAGGACAAGGUCCCCUUCAAGGAGGAGACAUAAUAUAUGCUGGUCUGCUAUAUAUGCAUUGACUGCUUGACUGACUGCUUUUAUGCAACGAAAAAAAAAUAGAAGGGAACAGAAUGAAAACUAACUGAAUUAGCACUGGAACAUAUAUAAUAAUAACAAUAACAACAACAACAAUAAUAAUAAUAGUAAUAAUAGCAACAGUAAUAAUAAUAAUAUUUAUUAUUAUUAUUAUUAUUAUUAUUAUUAUUAUUAUUAUUAUUAUUAUUAUUAUUAUUAUUAUUAUUAUUAUUAUUAUUAUUAUUAUUUUAAUAUUCACUAUGGACUUUCAAAAACCAAGAAGUGCUGCUGAUGCAAUGUACUGUAUGUUUCCUUGUGUUAAAAGGUCAGUAAAACUGUAUGGACUACAGGGUGUGUACUUUCUCCUAUGUUAAAACUGUGCAUAUACACAAAUUGUCAGUGCUCAUAUGUGCUAUAUCUUUUUGUGAUUAACAAAAAUGUGUUAAUGUUACUGUAUUUAUUCAUGGGAAUCACGAUAUAUGCACUGCAGAACUGUAGAUGCAUAUAACAUUAUAUAUCCUAUAAACAAAAUUGGAUUUGGUGUAUGAGUGUGCCUUUUCCGGCAUGAAUUAAAACAAAUGUUCACAGUCUAAA